UCGCCACAUCCCUACGGCCUCGCGGGAGCGUUCUGUCUCCCACAGCUUGGAAAGGGAGAAAUCAUAGCUGUGAAGUGGCUGUGGAGUAGAGCCCGGGAAACCGCACAACUGGAUAGGGACCUAGAGAGUGAGAGCUUGUCGUGCCGGUCGCCCGAGGACCGCACUCACCGGCGGGGACGCAGCAUCCCCGAAGCUGCUGACGCGCCCUCUCCGCCGCGCUCCUGCUAGGCACCGCCAGCCCAGAGGACCGUGGGAGCACUGUGAACCCGCGGUGGCCGCAGGAAUCGCGGAGCUGCCGGGCGCUCCCGGCGCCUCUCGGCAAACUUUUCCCCAGCCCACGUGCUAGCGAGGCGUCUCGCUUCCCCGGCCCGGGAUGGAGCGCCGCGCCUAGGCACGCCCAGCCGUCCGAGACGUUCAAGGUUUGAGAGAUGCUGACCGCGCCGAACUGACCAGUGCUGGGGGCGAGGGGGGGCGGCCGCGCUAGUGGCCACUCGCCCUCUGCGUCUUCCCUGGCAGCGCAGUGGGCGCCGGCUCCUCGGAUGAGUUAUCCAGUUCCCCGACUUUGAGAGGCGCCUCUGCCCCGCCCGACCGCCCAGAUGCAGUUUCGCCUCUUCUCCUUUGCCCUCAUCAUCCUGAAUUGUAUGGAUUACAGCCACUGCCAAGGCAACCGAUGGAGGCGCAGUAAGCGAGCUAGUUAUGUAUCAAAUCCCAUUUGCAAGGGUUGUUUGUCUUGUUCAAAGGACAAUGGGUGCAGCCGAUGUCAACAGAAGUUGUUCUUCUUUCUUCGAAGAGAAGGCAUGCGCCAGUAUGGAGAGUGCCUGCAUUCCUGUCCAUCCGGUUACUAUGGACACCGAGCCCCAGAUAUGAACAGAUGUGCAAGAUGCAGAAUAGAAAACUGUGAUUCUUGCUUUAGCAAAGACUUUUGUACCAAGUGCAAAGUAGGCUUUUAUUUGCAUAGAGGCCGCUGCUUUGAUGAAUGUCCAGAUGGUUUUGCACCAUUAGAUGAAACCAUGGAAUGUGUGGAAGGAUGUGAAGUUGGUCAUUGGAGUGAAUGGGGAACUUGUAGCAGAAAUAAUCGCACAUGUGGAUUUAAAUGGGGUCUGGAAACCAGAACACGGCAAAUUGUUAAAAAGCCAGCAAAGGAUACGAUACCAUGUCCAACCAUCGCCGAAUCCAGGAGAUGUAAGAUGGCCAUGAGGCAUUGUCCAGGAGGAAAGAGAGCCCCAAAGGCAAAGGAGAAGAAGAACAAGAAAAAGAAGAGGAAGCUGAUAGAAAGAGCCCAGGAGCAACACAGUGUCUUCCUAGCUACAGACAGGGCCAACCAGUAAAAUAAAAGACACGUAGGGUAGAUUUUGGGGAGGGGGUUUGCUUUUGCAAAAGUGCACAAAGCUCCUCUCCACUCCUGGAUCCUGGCGUGCGGCCUUUGUGCUGCUCUGACCAGUACCUGUUCCCAGUAACGUUGUGAAUGGAGGAGCCACGAGUGUGGUCUCUCUUAUUUAUGCUUUGUUUGCAUCUGGAGCCCGUGAAGGCAGGAGCCCAUGACCUGAAUCCAUGGAAGCAGGAGUUAGGGGUCCAGCAUGGGCCUUGGCUCCACGAGGGGCAGGAGCUGUGAGGCCAUGGACCACCCCUGGACCCAGACUUGUGCAUAUUUAUGGGAAAGAAGACACUCAGCAGGCCAAGUGCUCUUUCACUGGUGACCUUGAUUUCUCACAUUGUGCAUUCGUUCGCAAGGAUAAAUGUCUGCCGAGAUCUGCUUUGAGCUGGGGGUGGGGGGUGCUCCAGGAAUUCCUGCUCAACUCCCCAGCAGCUCCAAUUGUACAUACUCUGUGGGGCUGCAUAUAAACCUCUUACAAUGUAUAUUUAUGCUUUCUGAUGUGUAACAAGUCAUGCCUGAUACUAUGUCACUUUGUUUCUAGUGGUUCCUAACCAUUGUCCAGCACAUGGCUGUUCUAGAUUUGCGAAUUGACCAAUGUUGUGUUGCCCCUUGACAUUUAACUUUUUUUUUUUUUCAGGCUUAUUUCUCAUUGUAAGAAUAGGCUAAGCUAGUUUGUACACAGGCUCAAAUGACCAGUGUCAAGGACUUUGUGUAUCCGUAGACCUUCGCCACUCCGUGUCUCCUCACGCAGAUAAAGCAGCAGGUGACAGGCAGAAGCUAAAACUCCUUUUGUGUCUAAGAUGUGAUGACUUCAUACAACACAACUGAAAACAUGAGGCAUGACAUGCAGUCCCUUGUAGUACUCAUCAUGCUGUUUUACCAGCUAGCUAAUUUUUCACUUUUGUUUCAAACUUCAAUAUAUAUACACACAUACACAUAUUUAUUUAAAGCCAUCCCUGACUUACCACGACAGGGUACCUACCACUUCUCUUGGGGUCACUGUAGAAAUUACCAUCAUGAGACCAUGCAUAGCAUUCGAGGAGAAAACAGGAUGCAUCCCUGUAACUGCUGGUCAAAUCCUAACAGGCCUCCUUGGAGCCAGAAUCCGUGUCCUCUCCCAGACAGAAGAGCCCUGUGGAGACUCUCCAGGGGACUUGCGGACCAGUUGUUUCAAAAACAUCGUUGUGUAGUUGGGGGAAUCCCUUCUUAGAGGCUUUGAAUUGGCUUCUUCUAAAAGCAUCAUUAUCUUCCUGGCUAAUCCAGAAGAAAAUUAGAACAAAGUGAAAUGGUUACAGAUGUUUGAGGAAAACAAGCAAGGCAAAGCCUUUUUUUCUCACUGUGCAUUGGCCAAACUACCUCUCCAGCAUUUAAUUUUUGAGUCAAAAGCAUCUUACCAGUGAGUAUAAAUGUCAUAUGCAUUGUUAGAAUAUUACUGCUAUGAGAUAGUAAGCCAUAUAUGAAUGUUGUAUACAACUUUAGGGUUCGCAUUUAAUCCUAAAGUGUUCACCACCUUUCACGUCUAUUUACACUAGAUUCCUAAGUGGGGAGGGGGCUCCUUUAUAUAGUGCUUCAUCGUUAAUAAGUCAGUACCUGUUAUGUUUCUGAGAUGUUCUUUUCGUGCAUUA